CUUAGUUCCUCCAAUUGCCUUCUCGGUGUCUCUAUAGCUGGCAACGCUCCUACCUUCUCAGGUUAGUCCGUUGUUGGUUGAACGCUGGAUCAGUGUCUACGCUUGGCUGUUCCGAAGUUUUUCAUUUCGACCAAAAAAAUGAGGGAAAUAGUUCAUCUGCAGGCCGGCCAGUGCGGCAACCAGAUCGGCGCGAAGUUCUGGGAGGUUAUAAGUGACGAACAUGGCAUCGAUCCCACCGGGACUUACCACGGAGACAGCGACCUACAGCUGGAGCGAAUCAACGUGUACUACAACGAGGCUACAGGUGGGAAGUAUGUCCCUCGUGCGGUCCUGGUGGACUUGGAGCCGGGCACAAUGGACUCUGUGAGGUCCGGCCCCUUCGGUCAGGUGUUCAGACCUGACAACUUUGUCUUUGGUCAGAGCGGGGCAGGGAACAACUGGGCUAAAGGCCACUACACUGAGGGGGCGGAGCUGGUGGACUCAGUCCUGGAUGUGGUGAGGAAGGAGGCAGAGAGCUGCGACUGCCUCCAGGGCUUCCAACUCACGCACUCCCUGGGCGGAGGUACGGGCUCCGGCAUGGGCACGCUGCUCAUCAGCAAGAUCCGCGAGGAAUACCCGGAUCGCAUCAUGAACACUUUCAGCGUGGUUCCCUCCCCCAAGGUGUCCGACACGGUGGUGGAACCAUACAACGCCACCCUCUCCGUCCACCAGCUGGUGGAGAACACGGACGAGACUUACUGCAUCGAUAACGAGGCCCUGUACGACAUCUGCUUCCGCACGCUGAAGCUCACAACGCCCACCUACGGCGACCUUAACCAUCUCGUCUCGGCCACGAUGAGCGGCGUUACCACCUGCCUCCGCUUUCCAGGCCAGCUCAACGCAGACCUGAGAAAACUGGCCGUGAACAUGGUGCCGUUUCCCAGGCUGCACUUCUUCAUGCCGGGCUUCGCACCCCUGACCAGCCGUGGCAGCCAGCAGUACAGGGCGUUGACCGUUCCCGAGCUAACCCAGCAGAUGUUCGACGCCAAGAACAUGAUGGCAGCAUGCGACCCACGCCACGGGCGCUAUCUCACAGUUGCUGCCAUCUUCCGAGGCCGCAUGUCCAUGAAGGAGGUGGACGAGCAGAUGCUGAACGUGCAGAACAAGAACAGCAGCUACUUCGUGGAGUGGAUCCCCAACAACGUCAAGACGGCCGUCUGCGACAUCCCGCCGCGCGGCCUCAAGAUGGCUGCCACAUUCAUUGGCAACAGCACGGCCAUCCAGGAGCUGUUCAAGCGCAUCUCUGAGCAGUUCACCGCCAUGUUCCGCCGCAAGGCCUUCCUUCACUGGUACACGGGCGAGGGCAUGGACGAGAUGGAGUUCACGGAGGCCGAGAGCAACAUGAACGACCUGGUGUCCGAGUACCAGCAGUACCAGGAGGCCACGGCCGAGGAGGAGGGAGAGUUCGAGGAGGAGGGUGAAGAGGACAUGGCCUAAAAAUCAGCACGGCUCUUCUUUUUCUCCCUUUUCUUCUUUCUAUGCAACAGUUUCAGGUCAAUGCGGUUCAGACGUCAAGAAGUUAAACAACUUUUUUCUUUUCUUUUCUUUUUUUUAAGAACAAAAGUUGUUAUAUAUCACCAAGUUAUUUAGAGCGUACAGGUGGUCUCCAUGCUUUUAUGUGUUACAUGUUUGCUUUUGUUCCCCAUCUUUAAAUGUGAAUGUUUUCAGCCUGUUCUUUCUUUUCUGGUUAGUAUCACCUCAUCAUUGCGCUGUUUCUAAAUGGAUGGUGUUAUUAAAGGGAGCCUGACGCUUAUUACAGGAGGUGUGAUCAAAAAAACUCCAUUUAAAAAAAGAUGUAGCAGUAAAUAGAACAUUAAAUGUCCUGUUUGUGUAGAUCACUUGCCCUUUGCACUGUUUGAUAUCACCACAGAUUUUGAACAUGACCCAGCUCCAGCUUUAACAUGUACUAAUGAGAGAAUGUAACACUGACUAAUUCAUGGCACUUUCUUGCGAUUUUUAACACUUAACGUUUAAUGUAGAAUAUAAUUAUUUUAUUUUAUUUUUAAGUGAAAUUAAAUAUUUAAGAUUUAUUCUAAAUGAAAGAAAACACUGAGAGCGUCAGGAACUCAUCACUCCCACCUAACUUUGUGUGCUUGUUCUGAUUUUGUAGAAGAAUUUAAAUAAAGUUUGUCUUUUUUUUUUUUUUUUUGUAGAGGGGUUCAGUACAGCCAUGAUAUUUUUACAUUAUCAUGAGCCAUCUUUCUGCUCAUAUCCCUUCUAUCCUAGCGUGUGACAUCCAAAACUUCCUCAAUCUGAAAUUGCGAAUUCCCUUUUGGGGUUAAUAAAGUUUGGUGCUACAUAUGGUG